AUGUGGCAGAUUAAUUAUAAUUUUUCGGUAUUUAAAAACGAUGAAACGAUUCAGGCAUAUAAUAACCGCGUAGAAGAAAUAUUCCAAAAAUUAUGCGAUGCAGUAGCCGUAAGUAAACCGUCGUCCGAAACAAUAACAUUACGUGAAAAUAUCAAAGAGCAAGCUAUGGUUAGUUACAUUAACGGGUUACCCAACAAAAUAAAAUUCGAAGUGAAAACUAAAAAUCCGAAUUCUCUUGACCAAGCCAUGCAGGUAGCAUUAGUAGCAGAUAAAAACAUUCGUACGUAUAAUAAUGCACAAGACAUUUUUAGAGUAAAUAAUUAUGAAUACAAUAGGCAAACAAAUAGAAAUAACAAUAAUUAUAACGUUAACCAUGGUCAAAAUAAUAAUAAUCAAAACGCAUCUUAUAGUAACAAUAAUAAUUUCCGAGGUAGGAAUACUAAUCAGGUCCAAAAUUUUAGGAACAACAAUUUUAAUGUUAGACGAUGUUUUACGUGUAAUCGCGAAGGACAUUUUUCGUCACAAUGUAGGAUGAAUAAUCAAUCAUAUUAUUUUACGCGACCACCCAACGGUAAUACUAAUCAAAAUUCACACGACACCUGCAUAUAUUGUAACAAAACGGAACAUACUAUCGCGGUAUGUUACAAAAAACAAAACGACGAACGUCGUAAUAACUCGGGAAACGGGCAGAACUCUUACGCGACAUACGGGGCGCGUGCGAUACAAACGAUAACCGUGGACCCAUCAGAAAUUGCCUUCCAACAGUACACACAACAAUAA